AUGCACCUCACUACCGUCUCUGCCGCCAUUGCAGCUUCCCUGAGCAUGGUUCAGUUCUGUCCUGCUCCUCCAGCUGUUCUGGGGCCUAUCCUGGGUGGCGCGCUUGCCGGUGAAGCAGGCGGAAUUGUGGGCUAUGGUGUGGGAAAGAUUGGCAAAAAGCGCUCUUUUGAGGGCUCAGUCUUCGAGAAGCGUGCUGAUCCGUUUGCGGGUCUCCCCCAGCCAGCUGCUGAUACAUGCAAAGAUCAGCUGAACGGGGUCAAAGUUGAGUUUACUCCCACUGGCCCGGGAGCCUUCCGCAUUGACAAUGCCCCUUCCGCCUGUAUGACACUCUCGAAUGUCAUCUUGGGACAGGACCCUAAUCAGCCUGCGCCCACCCCCCUGGGUUCCGCUGCCCUGGGCUACACUGGUCUUUCUGAUGACGAUAUCAACAAGCUUCAGGCAGCUCUCGAAGGCAAAGGCUACUAG